AUGGUGGGCGAUAACAGAGUCAUGUUGUUAAUACAAUUUAACCAUAAUUAUCUUCAAUUAUAUUUACACAUUUCAGAUAUCAAAAUGAGUUCAGGUGGAACCCGCGUUUAUGUCGGAGGACUCGUGGAAGGGAUCAAGAAGGAAGACCUCGAGAGGGAAUUUGACAAAUACGGCAAAUUGAACUCUGUCUGGGUGGCACUAAAUCCCCCUGGUUUUGCUUUCAUAGAAUUUGAGAACAUGCAGGAGGCGGAAGAUGCGUGUAGUGCUAUGAAUGGUUUCGAGAUGCUAGGCGCGACGUUAAAAGUAGAGUUGUCGAGAAAACGUGACGGUGCACGUAGAAGUGGUGGUAACUUCAGAGGUGGGCGAGGAGGCGGUAACUUCAGAGGUCGCUCCUUCGAAGGCCGAGGAGGCGGCAACAGGCCGUUCAACUCCUAUGGAGGUGGUCGCCCUUACAACCGUAACGGUCAAGGUUAUGGCUCCGGAAACGGUGGAGGUGGUGGUGGCAAUUUCAGAUCCCGGUCGCCAAUCUCUCGAUUUUAA